CAAUUUGUGUCCUUACCAUGGCCAACAUCAAAAAAAAAAAAAGACACAAUGCUAUAACCUUAACUUAGACUUUUCAGUAUUAGACUGCACAAUCUCCACUUGGCUGCACUUUGCCCUUAAUCUCCUUUUGGACAAAACUGAUCUUCUUACUGUGGUCAACAAAUGACAAACAUAAAAAACCCAUGCUAAAUCUUAUCUUAACUUAGACACUGCAAUAUUAGAACCCCAAUCUCCACUUGGCUGCCUUUUGCCCCUAGUCUCCUCUAGGAUACAACUGACCAUGGUUUUCAACCCAUGACAAAUGUAAACACAUACAUUUUUACACACACACAUUAAGCCCCAGCACGCCCGCAACCCUAGUGAGGAUAAGCGGUAUGGAAAAUGGAAAAACAUUUUACUCCACAAUCUCCCCCCCUUGGCCGCUAAGACCUGUUGUCUCACUGCCCUUAAUCAACUCAAGGAUCAAAUUUGUCUCCGUUGUUGUUGUUGUUGUUGUGUUUUUGCAGUUUUGUAUCAUUUGAGGUUCCCAAAAGUGAAAGUGAGCUGAGUCCACCAUUUGAUCGCCUCUCUCCCCUCGAUAGGAACAGCUCUCACUCUUGACGCAUUUUCAUGUUUUCUUCACGUUUCAUGUUUUUCCAAAUCUUGCCGAUUUGAAUGCGUAAAGUCCCUGCGAUGUUUUCCCACCUCGUUGUAUUUGGCCGUGGGACGCGUGCGCCGUGCUUGGAGCGUCGCAUAAAAGCCCCGUUAAAUCCCUCUUGGCUGUUAUGAGUCUGCCCUGCAAAAAGCCUGCAUGCAUGUGCAUCCUCUCUCUCUCUCUCUCUCUCUCUCUCUCUCUCUCCCCUCCUCUGCAUCCUCCCUCUGUCCUCCUCCAUAUCCACUGUUGCUCCCUCUUGCGCGCACCGUCGCCACCACCAGCAGCAGCGGCAGCAUCAAGCGGCGCUUUUCUGACGCACCAUCCGAAGAUGAGCAUCCCCCCUGCGGGCUGACUCCCUCGACAUCCACCGUCCUCACCCACUUCCUCCUCCUCCUCCUCUUCUUCACCUCCAUUUUCCGGCUUCAGUCGGGGCUUUAUUUUCCUCUUUUGUACGGCGAGGAUUGCGCACGCUUGGCUGGGAAUUUACUUGGAAGCUGAGAGUCAUCUGCUCCCCCCACCCCCUUCCUUGUUCUUUUUUUGGGGAGGGGGUGUAUGUGGUGUCAGUAAUUCCUCCGCACUCUCUGCGCCUUUUUCUUGGGAAUAUUCUGCAGUGUUUUUUCUUCUCUCCCCACUGCGGGGGCUGCUGCGGAUUUUUGGUGCCCUCUCCUCGUCAGUGGGGGCGGGAGGGGGGGGGGGGGGGUGACCGAAGCCAUCCCGGAGUAGCAGCACCCGGAUCGGAAGCGGCGAUGCCCACCUUGUGACUUUCGGGAUUACCCCCUAACCCGCCCCUCACCAGAGCAUGGCUCCGGCCCGGAGGGAGCGCGGCCGCCACGCGGCGCUCCUCCUCCUGGCGGCGGCGACGGCGUGCCGCCUGCUGGCGGGCACCGCGCUGGCCAAGGUGUGCAACGACCGCACCAAGCGCGGCCAGGACAACAGCUGGUUCGCCCGCGACGGCGAGAAUUUGCCCAUCAUGGUGCUCAUGCCCAUGAACGAGUCUGCGCUGAUGAGCAGCAUCAGCCAGGGCAUCGAGCCCGCCGUGCAGCUCGCCAUCCAGCACAUGCGAGAGUCCCGGAAGUACUCCUUCUCGCUCAUCACCGAAAUCUACGACACGGAGUGUGACAACGCCAAGGGCCUGCGGGCCUUCUUCGAUGCCAUCUGCUACGGACCCAAACACCUGAUGAUCUUCGGCGGCGUCUGCCCCUCCGUCACCUCCAUCAUCGCCGAGUCCUUGGGGGGAUGGAACCUGGUGCAGCUGUCCUUCGCGGCAACCACUCCGGUGCUGGCGGACAAGAAAAAGUACCCCAACUUCUUCCGCACGGUCCCCUCAGACAACGCCGUCAACCCGGCCGUGGUCAAGUUCCUCAACUACUACAACUGGAGCCGCGUGGGGACGCUCACGCAAGACGUGCAGAGGUUCUCUGAGGUGAGGAACGACCUCACCAGCGAGCUGGAGAAGGCCGACAUCCAUAUCGCCGACACCGAGAGUUUCUCCAACGACCCCUGCGUCAACGUCAAGAAACUCAAGGACAACGACGUGAGGAUCAUCAUCGGCCAGUUUGACGAGAACCUGGCUUCCAAAGUCUUCUGCUGCGCGUACAACCUGAACAUGUUUGGCAGCAAAUACCAGUGGAUCAUUCCUGGCUGGUACCAGGGCAACUGGUGGGAGCAGGCCAACAGCACCAACUGCACCACCAAGAAGCUGCUGGCCGCCAUGGAGGGCUACAUCAGCGUGGACUUUGAGCCCCUCAGCGCCAGGCAGAUUAAGGGCAUCUCCGGAAGGACCCCGAAGGAGUACGAGCGCGAGUACAGCCGCGAGCUACGUCAGAAGGGCGUGGAACCCAGCAAGUUCCACGGCUUCGCCUACGACGGCAUCUGGGUCAUCGCCAAGACCCUGACCCGCGUCAUGGACCUGCUGCGCGUCAAGCAGCGGCAGAGCGGGCACCGCAACUUCACCGUGGACGACCACGAGGUGGGAAAGAUGGUGCUGGACGUCAUGAACGAAACCAACUUCUUCGGCGUCACGGGCCAAGUCAUGUUCCGCAAUGGUGAGCGGAUGGGCACCAUUAAAUUCAACCAGUUCCAAGAGGGCCAGGAAGUGAAGGUGGGCGAGUACAACGCCAUUGCGGACGUGCUGGACCUCAUCAACAACUCCAUCCGCUUCCAAGGAGUGGAACCGCCCAAAGAUCGGACGUUUGUGCGUCUGCAGCGGCGGCACAUCAACGUCCCGCUUUACAGCAUCCUGUCCACCAUCACCAUCUUGGGCAUGCUCAUGGCCGGGGCGUUCCUCUUUUUCAACAUCAAGAACAGAAACCACAGACUGAUCAAGAUGUCCAGUCCCUACAUGAACAACCUGAUCAUCCUGGGCGGUAUGCUGUCCUACGCCUCCAUCUUCCUCUUCGGACUGGACGGCGGCUUCGUGUCCGACAAGGAGUUUGAGACGCUCUGCACCGUUCGGACGUGGAUCCUGAUCGUCGGCUACACGACGGCGUUCGGUGCUAUGUUUGCCAAGACCUGGAGGGUGCACGCCAUCUUCAAGAAUGUUAAGAUGAAGAAGAAGAUCAUAAAGGACCAGAAAUUGUUGAUCAUCGUCGGCGGGAUGCUGUUGAUCGACUUGUGCAUCCUGAUUUGCUGGCAGAUUGUGGACCCACUGAAGAGGACCGUGGAAGAAUACAGCCUGGAGGCGGACCCUCACGACCGAGAUAUCGCUAUCCGUCCCUUCUUGGAGCACUGCGAGAACACCCACAUGACCAUCUGGCUGGGCAUCGUCUAUGCCUACAAGGGCCUGCUGAUGUUGUUCGGCUGCUUCCUGGCUUGGGAGACCAGGAACGUCAGCAUCCCCGCCCUCAACGACAGCAAAUACAUCGGCAUGAGCGUCUACAACGUCGGCAUCAUGUGCAUCAUCGGCGCCGCCGUCUCCUUCCUGACCCGAGAUCAGCCCAAUGUCCAGUUCUGCAUCGUGGCACUGGUUAUCAUCUUCUGCAGUACCAUCACACUCUGCCUGGUCUUUGUUCCCAAGUUUAUCACCAUGCGGACCAACCCGGACGCCGCCACGCAGAACCGCAGGCUGAAGUUCACGCAGAACCAGAAGAAGGAAGACUCCAAGACCUCCACCUCGGUCACCAGCGUCAACCAGGCCAACACUUCCAGAUUGGACGGCCUUCAGACCGACAACCACCGCCUCCGCAUGAGGAUCACCGAGUUGGACAAGGAGCUGGAGGAGGUGACCAUGCAGCUGCAGGACACUCCGGAGAAGACUCCCUACAUCAAACAGAACCACUACCCGGACGCCAACAACAUCCUCAGCAUACGCAACUUCACCGACGCCAAAGACGCCGACCGGAGCCUGCUGAAGAACCACCUGGAACAGAAGCCUCAGGGCCAGUGGGGCUCCAUGGAUCCUUCCAGAAUAACCAGAGGUCCCCUGGAGGACAUCAACUCUCCCGAACACAUCCAACGCCGUCUGUCGCUGCAGCUUCCCAUCCUGCACCACGCCUACCUGCCGUCCAUAGGCGGCGUGGACGCCAGCUGCGCCAGCCCCACCGACAGCCCCGGAUCCAGCCCGCGCCACAGACACAUGCCGCCCUCCUACCGGGUCAUGGUGUCGGGCUUGUGAGCGCCGCCACGCGAUACACACACACACACACACACACACACACACACACAACUGUCUUUUUGUGUGUUGUCUUUUCUACAGUAAAUUGACUGAUUGCAUCCACACGGAGGAGAUUGACGCUCUUUUGUGCCUCCCCGCGGAACUCGCCGGACGGGCCGUUAGCGAACCCGCUAAACGGCCACGACGGCGGCCGCGGCGUAGCCUUAGGGAUCCGCCGUCUCUUCCCCCCCCCGCAGUCGGUUAUAGUUUGCGACUUUGUAAAUAUCCUCGUUUCGGCACACCGCGGAUGUCGGCGUCCAGAAAGCAACGGUAUGCUAAACGCGCUAACUGUUAGCUUCGCUGUCACGCUAAGGCAGUGGUUCUCAAACUCGAAAAGUCCAAAUUCGGUCAGAAAUUUGAUUCAAGAUGGAAAAUUCGAAGUACGAUUUAAGAAGAACAUCCGUAUUAGGACAAGUAUAAUUUGACAUAUUAUAACAAUUUAGGUGUUAUUGUCAAAAUAGGACACAUUUGUUAUAUGACAAUAAUGUCUAAUUUGUUGUAAUGACAAAUUCAUACUCAUAUUUGGACGUUAUUGUUAUAAUAUGACAAAUUUCUGCUUGUGAUAUUUGGGCAUUAUUGUCGUAAUGUGCCAAAUUUAUAAUCAUUACGUAGCACGUGUUAAAUUCAGAGAAUGUCGUCAUACGGAAAAUUUAUAUUUGCAAUUUACAAAAUCAAGAUUUCUAUCACGUCUACAAAUUACAAGAAUAAAAUGUUUGUAUUACGACACUAACCAAUCGAACGCAAUCUAGAAAUUGGGGGGGGGUCACAUUUAUGGGAAUACAUUUCAAAAUAUUACAACCAAAAAUGUCAUUUUGCAAAAACAAAAGUCGUAAUAUUAUAUGUACAAAUUCAUAAUUUGUCGGAAAAACAAUUGUUACGUGACAAGAAAUAAAGUCCAAACAUUGCAAGUGGAAAUAUUGUACAAAAGUUUGAGAACCUUCAUCUUUACCUCCAAAGAACACGACACCUUCGAGGCUCGUGGGAAUUUCCAGCGUUGUCAUCCGCGACCACAUUGAUGGCCGGAAUGUCCGGAAUGCGUCGCCGAGAAAUUGAAUUUGCGAGCGUCAAAGCACACUCCUCUGGCCUCCCGUUGCUAUGGAGAUGUUUCGGUUUGCUUUGUUAUUUUGGAGCAAAUUUGUUGUUUUUUCACCAUCGGUGUCUUGGUUUUUAGAUUUAUUUUUUUUUGCGUGUGUGUGUGUGUGUAAAAGGCGUCCGCCUGUCGUCUUCUACGCUCACCGUCGUCGUGGUGCAAACACACGCACGCACGCACGCACAUCCAGGACGGCGGGUGUGCGCUCCCCGACUUCUUUGAGCGAGCAGAAACUGUACUCAAGUUCGGACUCGGGAAGGGAAAAGGAACAGGAAGUGGACUUGGGGAACAAGCGGCACCGAGUCGGAAAAAUAACAAUCCCGGAGUGAACGAAAUCCAAGCGGACGUUUUCUAUUCUGUGACAUUCUACGUGAUUGUGUACAAUUUGCAGAGACCUUCAGCACAGGUGUCCGUCGAUGGGAUGUUUGGGGGGUUUUAUGGGGGGGGGGGUUCUUUUUUUAAUUUCUGAUUAACUGUUGGGGUGUUUUUCCUCAAGACGGCAUGGAAGCAAAAUGUAGACUUCACACAGAUGUUAUCUGCUGCUCGUCCUCGUGGCGUUCCCAGUAAACAAACAAACAAAAGCUCUUUUUGGAGUCGUACGAACGGCUGAGCAGACAGAAGCAAACGAUUCAUCCUUAUCACUGCCUUUGUUUUUAUUUAAUUGCCGGCAAGUUUUUGUGAUUUCAUUUUUGUUUUCUUUCAUUCAAACCUGCAUUUGAAUUGGUCUAAAUGUUGAUUUCUUGUAGUCUUUCUGUUUUCAAAUGACAAAGUAUUAUAAGCCACACAAAACAAAAAUACUACAAUAGUUUGUCGUAAUGUGAGAAUAAAGUUCGGUUUCUUGCGAGGGAAAAAACAAAAAGGAAUCUUACAAGGUUUCCAAAUGUAUUCCAUUGAGGCAAAAUCUCAUUUUAAUGAGUUAAGACAUUUUCUUCACUUCCCCGAAUGAAAAAUAGCUUUUUUUUUUUUUUUUUUUUUAAAUGGUUGAAAAUAUGUCAAUUCUUGCAGUAUUCCAACUUUAUAUCUUCAAAGAACGAGACAUCUUGAAUAAGAUGACAAUGAGACAAUUUGAUUAUGAGUGAAUAGAAAAAAUGUACUUCAUAAAAAAAAAAAUUAUUUAAAAAAAAAGACCAUCCAAUCUGACUUUUUUAGUGAAUAUAUUUUUUAGUCAGAAUAUUGAGAUUAAAGUUGAAAUUUUAUAGGGAUGUUCUUUUUUUGUUUGUUUUGAAAACGUUAAUUCCACUUCCCCCUAACUUUGUUCUCAUAAUCACGUUUUUAAACAAACAAAUAAAACAAUACUAUUCUUCACCAUAUCAAGACUUGAAACAUUAAUAUUGAAGGAUUCGAGGAAUAAUAUUUGGACUUGUAUAUAAAAAAAAAAAAAACGAAUAAAGUUUUUUUGGGGGAGGGAGGAGUCCAAAUUUAACGAGUGAUUUUCAAAU